UUCGCCAUCUGGUCACUUAAGCAGUUUCGUUUUUUUUACGUGAGUAUUGUCAAUUUGGUGUGUUGGUUUAUAUCCCAGUUGAAGACUGCGUGGAAAUAGUUUAACUAAGUUUAAAGGCAUCAUCGUAAGGUUAGUUAGAAAAAAAAAAAGAAAAAAAUCUACAAAUAGCAGGCAAGAACGCUUUCGCAACCACAAGAAAAACGAAAAUACGCACGCAUUCAUCUGUGGGAGAAUCGGCUUGUGUGGGGGAAAGUUAACCAAACAAGCCCAAAAUGCCCAGCAUCAAGUUGCAAUCUUCGGAUGAGGAGAUCUUUGACACGGAUAUCCAGAUCGCCAAGUGCUCCGGCACCAUCAAGACCAUGCUGGAGGACUGCGGAAUGGAGGACGAUGAGAAUGCCAUUGUUCCGUUGCCCAAUGUGAAUUCGACGAUCCUUCGCAAGGUGCUUACCUGGGCGCACUACCACAAGGACGACCCCCAGCCAACGGAGGAUGAUGAGAGCAAGGAGAAGCGGACAGACGACAUUAUCUCAUGGGAUGCUGAUUUCCUAAAAGUCGACCAGGGCACAUUGUUUGAGCUUAUAUUGGCAGCGAACUAUCUGGACAUCAAGGGCCUCCUGGAGCUCACCUGCAAGACUGUUGCAAACAUGAUUAAGGGAAAGACUCCCGAGGAAAUACGCAAGACCUUCAACAUUAAAAAGGACUUCUCGCCCGCCGAGGAGGAGCAGGUGCGCAAGGAGAACGAGUGGUGCGAGGAGAAGUAAGGCGCGGCAUUUCGCGGGACCAACAUUAAGUUGAAAACAGCUAGGGGAUGCGGGAACGAGUUGGAUUUGCAGCAAUGCAACUUUACUUAGUUGCUACUUUUAUUAUUUUAUUUUAUUUUUUUUAACCCCAGCAGAGACUCAUUUUGAAUUGUGUAUAAAUGAUCUGCUGCUGAUGUGAUUCGCGGGGUUAAUCUUUUGUCGUAAAUAUAUCUCAUAUACAUACAUAUGCGAGAUUGUAACACUCUCUUUAACCUACACUUGAUUUCACUUUAAUAAAUAUAACUACCCAACACAAA